AUGACGUCUUCUUCUUCUUCUUCUUCUUCUUCUACUAGUUUUCCUUCUCUAUUUCUUUUUUUAGUUCAAUGGUCCUUCAUAUUUUUCAUUAGAUUCGUUUUUCUUAUCUUCCCUUUUCUUCUUCUUCUCUUUUUCUUUUUCUUCUUCUUCUUCUUAUUCGAUACUUCUUUUUCUACUUCUUCUUUUCUACUUCUACUUUUUCGUAUUAUUAGAAGUAAUAUUCCAGUUUUUCCUCAUUGUGUAUCUAUAUUUCUUUUUUCUUCUUUGAUUGGUGUUGUUUUCAUUCUUUCUAUUUUCUUUUAUUCUACAACUCGUUCGUUCAUUUGUUGUUUUCUUGGCAUUCUAUCCUUCUUUAUAAUCUUCUUCUUCUUCUUCUUCAUCUAUGAUGUUUUUAUUCUUCUUACGCACUUUCAUCUAACAUUUUUACUUUCUUUUGUCUUUUUCAUCUUUCAUUUUUUUUCUACCAUCGUCUUUUCAUCUUCGUUCAUUUCUUUUGGUUGUUAUUGCAGUUUUUGUUGUAGUUGUUGUUCUACUUCAUUGCCGAAAUGUGUUUCCUUCUUAUGUUUUUCUUCCUAUUUCAAGCUUCAUGUUUUCUUUGUUCACUUCAUCUGCUUUCUUUUCUUCUCGGUCACUUAUCUAAACAUUCAUUUUUUUAUCAACUUAUCCUCUUCUUCUUCUUCUUCUUCUUCUUCUUCUUUUCACUUCUUUUUUUUUCUUUCCACUUCUUCUUCUUCAUUUUAUAUUCUGUAUCGGAAUUAUCCGUUUAUUUCCCUAACAAUUUCUUCUUUUUUCUUCUUCUUCAUCUACUUCUUUUUUCUUGACCUUUUUCUCAUCUUCUUAUUCUUUAUUUUACUGCUUCUUCUUUGUUUUCUUCUUUUUCUUCUUUUUCUUCUUCUUCUUCUUUUUCUUCUGCAUUGCCCAUAUACAUUUCUUUUUUUCUUGAUCAUUUUGUUCUCCUUUACCUUCCGUUGUUGUUGUUGUUAUUGUUGUUGUUCUUGUUCUUCUUAUUUUUCUUCUUCUUCUAUUUCUUUAUUCUUCGUCUUUUUCCUCUUCUUGGUCUUUCUUUUGCUUCUUCUUCUUUGUUUUUUCUCCUUUUUUUUCUUUUUACUCUUCCUCUUCUUUUCUCCAAGUUUUUCUUCCUUCACUUCAUUUACUUUCUUUCUUCCGGUUUAUAAUGUACUCCUUCUUCUCCUCCUCCUUCUUCUUCUUCGUUUUUUAAUCUCUUUUUUGAUGUUUUCUUUUCUUUUUCUAUUUUUCCUUUGUUUCUUUUCUAAUUAUUCGGUCCAUGCCCUUCUUCUUCUUUUAAUUUUCUGCUUCGUCUUCUUCUGUUCUUCCAUCAUCCGCUUCUGUCUUCUCUCAUUCCUUUGUUUUCCUUUUUUUAUCGUUCAUCUUCACAGUCUUCUUCAUCAAAGUAAUUUCGUUGUCACUGUUCAUUGA